AUGGUGAAGAUGAACCCCUCAAUGGUCUCCAAGGAGAAGAUUAUGGCCAAGUCCUCAAGACCUUCAUCUGUCUUUCUUCUUAUCUUCCUUGCCUUGAUGUUUGUCAUGGAGGUUUCAUUGGAAGGAGCAGAAGGUUCCGUUCGCAGAGAAGAUUGCCCAAAAGAGUGUGCUCGUAGAUGUUCAGCGACAUCUCACAAGAAGCCUUGCUUAUUCUUCUGCAAUAUGUGCUGCGAUAAGUGUCUCUGCGUUCCGUCUGGCACAUACGGGCACAAGGGGGAAUGCCCAUGCUACAACAAUUGGAAAACACAGAGAGGCACGCCCAAGUGCCCUUGA